AUGACGAGUUGUACGAAUGUAGGAUUUGCAGCAGGAUUUAAUGACGAGCGCAGACCAUUUCACCGGGAAGAAAGGCUUUUGCAAGAUGCAGAAGCUGCGACGGAUAAAUUACAGGCUAAGGAUCUAAAAGUAAAAACAAAAGUGCGUAUUGCCAAAUUUGGGCUGCGAGGAGUUGGGUUCAGUUGCAGUUUGAUUAUUAUAGCCAUGAUAUCCACAAUUUUCACAAUUUUCAAUGCGACCAAGACGUUGCCGAGGCAGAACGGAUUAUUUGCCUGGUUUGCUAUAAUAAACCCGUGGCCACAAAUAUUGAUACUUUUUGUUUCCUGUGUUUCUGUCCUGGUUUGCGUUUGGACUUUCUGGUCUUACUGCCGUGGAGGGCACCAAAAAGCGGAAAAGACUGGGAUAUACCAUAAUAUUCUAGCUUUCGGAGGAUUUGGUCUGGGUAUGGCUUUUUGGGUCACCAGCGCUGUUUCCUUUCAGCAUCAGCGAAACAGCAGUAAUAACCAGGAUUUGUGGGGAUGGUCCUGUGUACAAAACGGUCGCUCGGAGCUGUUUAAAGAAAGUGUCGAUUAUGCACUGUUUUGCAGAUUGCAGGACUGGACUGUUAUUUGCAUCAUUAUCGAGAUUGUUGUUGAUGCUCUGACCAUUGGCUUGUAUUUAAUCGUUGUCUACCGCUUUUAUUUUUUACGCAGAUUUCAAAAGUCGAUGGAUCGGCGAGAUAAACCCAACCACAAUAACGACAGAUUUUUGGAAGGUGAACAUGGGCAGGGAAGCCCGGUCACCACAUAUUUACAGCCGCUGCAUCCCUUUUACGUAGCUUGGUGGUAUCGGGAAAGCGAAUUCGACUACGCCGUUUUCAUCAUUAAAAAAUACACCGGUUUUACGAAGCUAUUUGUCGAGUGCAAUUUAAAAAACCGGGGAAUAAAUGGAUAUUUGACAAUUUUAAUAAAAGGGUUAUACGGGAAGGAGUUUAAAUUCGAUUUAUAUAAUAUAAUGUUUUUUUUUGUUAUUGGUAUUGGAAUCGCUGGCCAGUUAUUAUAUGUGUCGCAGUUGCUGCGAGAUUAUCGUUUUUGCAAAAUAAAAAUAAAAAGGAUCGCAUUUUUUUGGCAGGUCCGUUUAAAAGGUAAAUUUUCGAAUCCGAUAUAA